AAUGAGCACAAACAAAGCAACUGGGCUGGAUAACCUUCCUGCAAGAUUCAUAAGGAUAGUGCUUGUGUCACUGCUAAAAUGAUGACACAUAUUGUAAACCUUUCUAUUAGGAGCGGUACCUUUCCCAAGCAUCUCAAAACGGCCUGGGUGCUUCCACUCCAUAAGAGCAGUAAAACAAAUGUAGGAAUCUACAGGCCUGUGUCAAUCCUCCGCACCUACAGGUGUUCGUCCACCAUGGUUGGGACUUUCCCGYUGCUGUCAGUGCAGCCAACGCGGGGGCUCGUGGAUGAGAAGAUCCAGGUAGUUGUGAGGAAUUUACCUCCAGCGCUCUCGGUGACACUACAUUCCCUUCAUCGCUCUGAGGAUAAGGACCUUUGGGAGGCGUUCGGCCAUUACACCAGCGAYGGCCAAGGCACGGUGACAGUUGCUAAGGAUGCCAGUCUUGGAGGAACAUAUGAAGGAGCAGAGCCCAUGGGUCUACUGUGGAGCAUGCAGCCUGUUCCAGGUAGUCGGACAGGCCUCAGGUUGAGAAAGAUGGAUGUCCUCACUCCUAUGGUGGUACACAUCUCUGUGUACAGUGGGCACAUCACUGAGGGCUUCAGCAAGCAGUCUCCCCUAGCGACCGUUGUCACAGAACGAUGGUACAUGGCACCGGGUGUGUGCAGAAUUGACAUCAGGGAACAUGGAGUCCGAGGGACCCUCUUUUUACCCCCAGGUCCCGGACCCUUCCCUGGGGUGUUGGAUAUGUGGGGAGGGGGUGGGGGGCUGGUGGAGUACCGCUCCGGCCUCCUGGCGUCACACGGUUUUGUUUCCAUGGCGCUAGAGUACCUUUCCCAUGACAAGAACAGAACCUCAGACAUCAACUUUAAAACCUACUUUGAGAAAGCGUUCAGGAUUGUGCAGGAGCAUCCCAUGGUGAUGAAGGACAGAGUUGCUCUGUUUGGUCUCUCCUUAGGCACGUCAGUCACCCUCAACUUGGCAGCCUACUCCAAAGACAUCAGCCCCAGAUGCUGUGUGUGUAUCAGUGGGAGUCACGUCAACCUGGUCAACAAGGCUAUCGGCAAAGUGUUUAGAAACAUGAAGAAGGAUGGGUAUAAGACCCGAUUUGAUGAAGAGGGCCGUGUGGUCUGCAGAGACAUCUUUCUGCCCAUUCCAACCGACCUUGGAGAGAAAGUGGAUAUGGGGAGGAUAAAGUGUCCAUUGAUGUUGGUCGUCGGGGAGGAUGAUCAGAACUGGGCCACAGUGGAGUCUGCCAAGGACAUGACCCAGAUGAUGCAUGCAGCGGGUAACGAGCACCUACUGACCAUUCUACAAUACCCUGAUGCUGGACACCUCAUUGAGCCGCCGUACACACCCCACUUCAGGGCCAGCAACUUCAUAAUGCCUCAAACACGACAGAAAUUGAUCAUGUUGUGGGGAGGGUACACCAAGCCGCAUGCCGUGGCUCAGGAAGACUGUUGGGAAAAGAUCCUUAGCUUCCUACGGCAACACCUCUACCCCAGCCCUGACUCUACCCCAACCCUAAGGCAAAGCUGUGAUGUCACACCCAAAGAGCAUCAAGGACUUAGUAUGAUUGACUAAGCUAUAACUUAAAAAAAAAAAAAAAAUACAUGAACACUUUAUAUUUUAAGUCUAAGCCUUUUGGGGGGUGGUAGGGUUCUUCUAACAUGGAAUUGUUUUGGUCAUACCAUAGAUCAUUUAGCUAUUUGAUUUUGAAUUUUAGGACUCCUUUAAGCCGGGUGUACACUAUACAAUUUUGGCCCCGAUUUAGCUGUCCCAGACAAGCUUUUGAAAUUGAAGACCAAAUCCCCAUGUCGUUGACUACUCGAGGCGUUUGGCCGUCACGACACUCGUUUGAUGUGAGCGGGUCAGAUACGCAGUCUGAGGGCUACUGAUCUCAUCUUUGACCAGUCCCAGACGCCCCGAUAUUUUCAAACAUGUUUGAUUUUAUCCGCACAAUCUUCAGUGCUUUUGCAGUGCGAGAUGUGCAACGACAAGUUUUGAGAACGCGUGAUCAGCAAUAGCCAAUGAGAGCUCGCCAGAGAAGAAGCCAGUGAGAUGAUGAUGAUAUUUCUCAUCACCCAGAAUGUGAGCUACUACUACUACUCCUAGUAUGCGUUUUUACUUGCCUUUAACCAAAGUGUCAAAUCGUUGCAGCUCUGAAGUUCACAAGCAAUGUUAUUUCAUUCAAAAUGUUUGCGAGAUAUUUCAAGUCAGUAUGGCAAGCGUGAAUGUCUGACUGAAAACGUUUUGAGGCUGCUUUGAGCCACUGCUCGUUGUAGCUAUGUUAACAAUCUACUCACAUAAUUAUUUUCGCGAGACAGCGUGGUAUCGCGAAUCCUAAUGACCAAGUGAAGAAUCUUAUAGUGUGUGACCCCUGUCUUGCCAUGUCGUUUAGUGAGCGCACCACUACGUUGUCAAGACAAAAAACGUCAGGAAAGACGGUCAUUAAUGAAAGAGGCUCAGCUAUGUUAGGAUUUGGAAAGUUGUGUGGUGUACACUUGGUUUUAGGUAUUAUUUUUUUAUUACUUAAAAUAUUGAAUUUGGUCUUUACUACUAUAGCCCAUAGAAACAC